AUGAGUUCACGGCGUACAAGCGGAGGCUCUCGCCGCUGCGUCACUGGUCGCAAACAGGCACUCGAGGAGAUCAAGCGUAUGCGUGAGGGUGAACCAGCUGAAGACGUUCCUGUGAGCUCUCGCUUGGCGCAGUACAAGCCAAAGGAAGAGAGUAUAUACAAGGCAGUAACGGAGCAAGAGUACGAAGAUCUAGUGCGGCAACGACGUCAGGGAUUGCCAUUUGUCGAAAAUGACGAUGGGGAGAUGGGCUAUUAUGACGACGGCGAGGAACAGUUCUUUGAAUCAGACGCGGAAGAUGACACAAGAGCAAGAGAUGAUGACGAGGACGACGUCACAGGCAAGAAACGAAGUGCUGGAGCGCUAUCUUCAUCGUAUGUACGACGAGCAAAGAAGAUGCAGAGAGCGAAGCUUGGAGGAGGUGAAGGACAAAAGAUAACCAACAUGUUUUUUUCUACAGGGAAGAAAGUGACAGGAAUAGAGGGAGGAGGGAGAGGGAGAAAUAGUAGUGCUAGUACGAAGAGAGAUAUUGAUCUCGAUAGUAUGUUGGAGGAUCUGACGAGCAACCCGACAGAGUCACGACAAAGUUAUGUCCGACCGAUGUCGUACUCGACGGGAGCUUCGACGUUCUCGAGUGAAGUGUCGGGAUUUAGUGCGACGAGACCUUUAUCUGCUGCAGGAAACGUGAUGAUGAUGCAUAAAGAGGAAACGAUGGAGGUUGAAGAGAACUCGUACGAACCUGAGGACGAGCUGAUGGAGGAGGCGAGUGUGGAUAAGGAUGAAAAAUUGGAACGUUAUGUAGAAGAAAAUGGAGAUAGUAUAGAGCAGGAGAAGGAGCCGACUGAAGUUGUGAAGCCUAUUACGAGUAAAAGAGAGAUGAUGCUUCGAAAAGCUCGGGAAGCGCGACUGCAGACGUCAGCACCUGCUACGAAAACAUUGGCUACUUCUGUGGGGCAACAACUUCAGCGGGAAAAUGUGACAAUGAAUAAUGUCCCGUCAAAUGAAGUUGCUGAAUGGUGGCAAGUAGCUGAAAACGAUUUGAAUGUUACGAUGACGAACGCUUCUGCAGCUGAUGGCACGGAAACUGAAGCACCACCCACCGCAGCAGAUGUAAUUCGAAUGUACUGGAUGGACGCGGUUGAAGUGCGCGAGCGUCCGAGUAAGAUCUAUCUUAUCGGAAAAAUGAAAAUCCCGAGCCCCGAAGGAUCGAACCAGCAGUCUAUGUUUAGGAGCUGCUGUGUGGUAGUGAACAACCUGCAACGGUACAUGUAUCUUGUUCCAAAAGGCAAUCCACUGAUCGAACGGAGUAAGAAUGAGCAGCAGGAGGCUUGGAUAAAGAUGCACGAGGAAAUUCGCAACAUUUUGGUUCCUUCCUGUAUCACGAGUAAAUGUGACCAAGAGUUGUUUAGGACCAAACUUGUAGAACGCAACUACGCUUUCGAGGAAGCGAAUAUUCCACGUGGCAAGAAUUUAUUCCUAAAGGUGAAGUAUCCUGCGCGAUACCCUGCACCGCCAUCGGACUUUUGCUCACGUGGUGGAAAGACGUUUUCUCGUAUUUGUGGAGCGUUGACUAGACCACUGGAAAAUUUCCUGCUUACUCGCCGGCUAUUGGGGCCAGGGUGGGUUGAGAUUAAGAACGUCCGCAAAUGUAGCGAGGGUGUCAGUUUCUGCAAAUUGGAGUUCGAGACAUUUGACCCGAAGAACGUAUGUCCCAUCGCUGAUGGUAUGACCCCACCCCCUCUUACAGUGAUGAGUCUUAGUCUCAAGAGUGUUUGCAACCCCAAUACUGGCAAGCACGAGGUAGUUGCUCUCUCUGCAAUCACAGAGUCUGGUGUUAGCGCCGAGGGAGCUGGUAAGGGUACGAAUGGCGUGCGUCACACAUUAUCGCACUUUACAGCAAUUCGACCACUGGAUGGAAAUAACGGUUUCCCCCAGUCAUACGCUGAGGCAGUUCAAAAAGAUGAUCGCUUCGGGAUCAAAUUGAAAAAUGGCGCGUUGGGCAUUAACAGUGAUCGUUUAAGCGUGGAAAUCAACGAGCGCGUUAUGUUAAGCUAUUUUCUCACACGCGUCCAGCUCGAAGACCCGGACGUCAUUGUUGGUCACAAUUUACAUAAGUAUGCAUUGGAGUUGCUGAUCUCGCGAAUCGACAACUUUAAACUUGGUGGAUUGUGGUCGAAGCUGACGCGACUUCGUCGUGGUCGCCUAAAUCCGAUGAAUGUAGGAGAAGGCUGGAACGAGUACAGGAUGGACGACAUGGCCAAUGGGCGACUUUUCUGUGACACAUACGUGUCGUCGAAGGAAUUGUUACCUUCUCAGAAUAACUACACGCUUUCAUAUUUGGUUGAGCGACUCUUGCACAAGCAACGACUGGAUGUUGAGAUGACCGAGAUUCCUCAAAUUCUUCUUGGUGGCCCUAAUAACUUUGUAAAAUUCCUGCGUCACACGCUGGACGAUGCCAUGUUUGUGCUACAUCUUAUGCACAAGCUUGAAAUUUUACCGUUGUCAAAGCAGCUCGCCAACUUGUGUGGAUACUUGUGGACUCGUACGCUGGAGGCGAACAAACGUGCCGAGCGAAUUGAAUAUUUGCUGCUUCACGAAUUUAGCAGGUCAAAAAAUAAAUUCAUUGUGCCGGAGAAGUUUAAAACAAGAACUGAGGCUGACAAGUCGAACAAGAGACGAGAGGCAUCGUAUGCAGGUGGUAUGGUCUUUGCACCAAAGAAGGGUCUCUAUGACAAUUUCGUUGUGUUGCUGGAUUUCAUGAGUUUGUAUCCGUCCAUCAUUCGUGAAUACAAUAUCUGUUUCACCACUGUAGAGCGACAACUUAACGAGGACGUGCCUGGAGCGCCUUCGUCUUCUAAGAAAAAGAAGAAAUCCAAGCCGAUGCCGCAACCUGAGAAUGAUGACGUUGUGGACGACAAAGACGUGGAUCAAAACCUUGACCACGCUGAUGCUAGUGCCGAUUCAGACAUCCCGGCUUUACCGAGUAGCGCAAGUGAGCCUGGUAUCUUGCCAACUGUGAUCAAGCGCUUGCUAGAGUCGCGUAAGCAGGUGAAGCAGCAGCUGAAAAUUGAACAGAAGGCAGGCAAUAUCGAGAAAUCCGUCCUGCUUGAUGUUCGUCAAAAGGCUAUUAAGUUGACGGCAAACUCGAUGUAUGGUUGCUUGGGUUUCCGUUUCUCGCGAUUUUACGCAAAGCCUAUUGCUGCAUUGAUUACAUCGACAGGUCGCCAUACGCUGCAGCGAGCGAAGGAGGUGGCAGAGCAAGAGUGUGGCUAUGAUGUGGUUUACGGAGAUACGGAUUCUAUCAUGGUAGAUUCGCGCACUGAAAGCCUUGACGAGGCCAAGCGCAUAGGUCGUGAAAUUCAAACUCAAUGUAACAAGCAUUUCAGACUGCUGGAACUUGAGGUGGACUACAUUUUCAAGCGGAUUCUGCUUUUAAACAAGAAGAAAUACGCGGCGUUGGUACUUAAUGAGCGGCCUAACUGCGAGCCCACUUUUGACAAAGAGGUUAAAGGUCUCGAUAUGGUGCGUCGUGAUUGGUGCGUGAUCUCGAAGACGGUGGGUAAUGAGAUACUUGACUUUAUCUUGUCCGGAAAUUCUCGUGACGAUGUGGUGGAGAGUAUCCACGAGCAUCUGGAGCAGGUAGCGGAACGCAUGCGUUCCGGAAAGGAACCGAUUGAGCAGUACGUCAUCACGAAGAGCUUGAACAAGCAACCUGAGCAAUACCCAGAUCGUGCGAAGCAAUACCACGUGCAAGUAGCGAUCGCAUUGCGUACUCUUGGAAAGCCGGUUGGUGUGGGUAUGCACAUUCCGUACGUGCUUUGCAAGGAGGAAGAACCUGGAAGUGGCCGUCGUGCCUAUCAUCCAGACGAGGUGAAGCGGGCUACUGGAAAGCUAAAUAUUGACAUUGAGUGGUACCUUGAGUCACAAAUUCAUCCACCAGUAAACCGACUGUGCGCUCACAUUGAAGGAACAUCGAGUCCGCAGCUGGCACACUGUUUGGGCCUCGAUACUGCUAAGUUCUCGCAUUCUGCCAAUCAUUUUGGCGAAGAGAAAGAUGGCAGUGACGCAAUCCCAAGCGUUCUCCAAAACGAUGCGGACCGGUUCAAGGAUUGUGUUCCUCUGGAGAUCACUUGCGACCAAUGCAAGAUGGCUAGUAAUUUCUCUGGCGUAUAUGCUACGACUGAGAAGGACAGCUCACUUUCUAGCGGACUGCUUUGCCCCGUAUGUAAAGCGGACUUCUGGGGUUUUGACCAAGAGGGUAUAUAUGGAAACGUAGGCGAUGAUCUACAGGCGGUGCUUUCGAACCGCCUCCACAUCGCAACGCGCCUAGCAGCGAAGAGAUACUACGAGGCGUGGACAAUUUGCUCUGAUGUGACGUGCAAGACACGGACACAAAAACAAUCGCUUCGUGGAAACGGCAACAUCUGCUCCGCAGCAGGGUGUAGAGCAACAACCACGCUUGAAUAUCCUGAUAGCGCCUUAUACACCCAGCUUAAGUAUUUCGAGUCCCUGUUCGAUGUUGAGCGUGCACAAAAGAAGAUCCGAGAGCAGAAAGAACGUAUAUCAGACACGACUAUAAACACGGAGCCUCCCCCGCUUUCCGAUCGCCACCGUGCUGUGCUGCAGAAGCUGCUUUCCCAGGCUGAAGAGGCUGUCCACCGAGACGAGUACAACUGGGUCAAACCCUCUAUUUGGCAGACGCUGUUCACAUAA